AUGCAUGUGGGUGGGUGUUUGUUAUUAGUUACAACGUUAGUUUGGAGUUUUUCAUUUGUGUUUGCUGAUGGUGCAUCAGGAACCCGAAAAAAGCGACAUUUGUUUCCACUGAUGGGCUUUCUUCAAGGUUAUAAAAUGGGUCAAAAUUUUGCUUUACAAUUACCGCCUCUAGUCCUGUCACCAGUAGUUGUCCUUCCAGUCAACCAACAGCAAACUGUCCACAUUCAGGGAAAUCCUAACGAAAACUUCAAUGAAAAUGGCUCGUUUCAAAUUAUUACUCCAGAAAAACUCAUCCAACACUGCAACUCAACAGAUAAUUCAAAAGAUAAAAGUUAUAAUAACGUAACUAUUAAAAAUAAUGUGGAAUUAUUUAACAAUGACGCAAAAGAAGAGGAUACAUUUAGACAGAAUAUUGUUAAUGAUACUGUAACUGAACCAAAUGUGGGAAAAGAUAGUGAUAAUAUGACUACAACGGAAGCCACAACUAUUUCAGAAGGGGAAACUACUAAUGUUACAAAUACGACAAAACCGAAUGGACCGUAUCCAAAUGCAAUUUAUAAAAAUGAUAUGAUAGCUUCAUUAUCAAUUACUGAACCUCCUAUUAAUAGUAUAUUUAUGAUUCCUUCCACAGACAAUAAUUGGCAAAACUUUAGUUCUAAUUUGCUCACCACAGAAUUACAAGUUGAGAGCAGAGCGGGUGAAGUUUGGACUAACAAUAUAAAUUACUCUAAACGCGAUUUUACUAGAGACACUUAUUACUACUAUAAUGAUAGGAAACCAAGUACUGAUUCUUAUUACAGACGCCCAGUUAAUCACCUAAAUCAAGAAAGAUGGAGUACUACCUACUUCGGAGAUAAUAAACCGACCUCCGAAUUUCGACCUCUUGCUGGGUUGUAUUACGACGGAUUUCUUCAUAAAUCCCCCGCUAAGAAAACAGGAUUUGUUCCAUAUGGGAAUACAUUUUAUUAUUAAAUUUUUAAGAGAAUUUCAACUAUUUAUCAGUAUUUGACAGCAAGUUUUUAGAAACAUACUUGAACUUGAAAUGUGUUAUGAAACAUUUCUUUAUUUAUAACUGAUUUAAUAAAGGUCCGUACAACACGAUAGUACUAUGAACACACGGAAGGUAAUAUUUUAAGUCGUGAAUUUGAAAAUCAAAAUUUUUAAGACAGACUAAAUAGUAUUUUAAAAAGUACUACGGGAUUUAUGUUAACCUUGAGUAGUUAACAAAUAACAAAUUAUUCAAAUAAAUGUAUUCUUCUAUUUUCUAAUAUCAGUACCAAUUUAUAUUUCUAAAUAUAACAGACGAAAUAUAACAAAGCUAGUUGCAAAGAGGAAAUAUUUCCUUGCUAAAUUAAACUACAGAAUGCAUUUUCCACAGUCAAAGAUAUAUAGCAUUCGCGAUAAUACAUUAAUACAGCAUGUCUUAGCAUCAUUCGCAAUUGGGUAAUAAAUCGAAACAAUAGCAGUAACUGUAACCGAUAUAACUUUACAGGCUCUUGAAUCGCAAUUGUCAGGGCAUAUCGUAAAAGGAACGUCAGCUUUUGUGCUUCGAGCUGUGACAAUGUAUCGUUAGCAAAUGAGGAGUUUUAUUACAUGUGUUUAUGUACGUAUUACUGUUGUUGCUUUAGUAUAUCUGAAAUAUUUAUUUAGAUUUAACUUAUAAUCAUUGCAUCUGACAAAAUCUUCUUACUGUUUACUAGUUCAAAUUUCGAAUUAUAAAACUGUUUGGAGAUUCUUGUCACCUUUCACAUUCAGCUCUAUAAUUUUUGUUUCAAAAAUAUAAU